AAAAAUUUGGUCAUUUAAUGCACGUAUACACUAUAGUUCUUAAGAAUUUACAUUAGAGAAUUUGGUUAAUCUUCUGGGAUGUUGAAAUUGUCAUAAAAUUGUGGAUUUCUCAAUUUUACUUUUUAAUAUUAACCAAACAUUAAACAACAUAAACAAAAAAAAAUAUCAUGAAAAAUUUGGUCAUUUAAUGCACGUAUACACUACAGUUCUUAAGAAUUUACAUUACAGAAUUUGGUUAAUUUUGUGGGAUGUUGAAAUUGUCAUAAAAUUGUGAUUUUCUCAAUUUUACUUUUUAAUAUCAAUCAAACAUUAACCAUCAUAAACAAAAAAAAUCAUGAAAAAUUUGGUCAUUUUGAUCAGUGAUUGUUUUGAAAAAUAAAAAAAAAAUGUCUGAGCCCGGGUUCGAACCGGGGACCUCUAGUGUGUGAGACUAGCGUGAUAACCGACUACACCACCCAGACUGGUUUGUUCUUUUGAAAUUGAAUAACAUAAUACUUCACAAAUUAAAUUUGACUUCUGAAAUCAAAGAUGAAACAAAAACCUGGAGAAAGGAGCGGUUUCCAUAAAAUUUCAAAUCAAAAUCCAAAAAUUCGCGAAAAAUUGAAAGCCCUAACGUCACCCAACUAGAGAGAGAAAGAGGAGAGAGAAAGAGAGCGAAUCACCGGUGACUCGGAAUGGCCUACCAGCUCAGAAUCGGCGAGUCAACUCGCGAAGAAGAAGAAGAUGAAGAAGAAGAAGAAGAAGAAGAAGAAGAAGAAGAAGAAGAAGAAGAUGAAGAUGAAGAAGAAACAGUGAAGCUUGAAGAAGAAGUUAAAGAAAUGGCGAUGAAAGUUGAAGAAUACAGAUCUACUUUGCCUGAUCACUUGAAAUCGUCUCUUGCUUCUGUUCUUUCUUCUCAGCGUCCUGCUUUCUCUUUCCUUGAUGAUGUCUCUCAAUCCGCUCCUUCCUGCGGGCCCAACUCAGGUGCAGAAUCUAGCCAUGGUAACUCCAGUACACAGUUAGAAGUUGAUGACAGUGAAAAAACGUCUGAUGAAGUUCAAUUGCUUAGAGAUAAGAUUUCUAGUAACAUCUCUGCAAUUCCCAAGGUUUUAAAAAGGAUGAAUGAGUGCAUUUCUAGAAUCGACAAACUUGUUUCUUCCAAUGAAACCAUUCAUCCUGUAUUCAAAAGGAAAAAGAGUUGAUAUACUUUGUUGUCCUAUUUAUCUUCUGGUUAGUAAGGGAUUGUUGUGGGUAGCAAAUUUCAUUGGUACAAUGAUUUUAUGACACUAGGCAAUAGGGUAUUACUGACAGGGAGCUGUAUAACAAAAAAUUAUAUCUCCAUUAUAUGUAAUUGAGUCACAAGCUAGUCCAAUUUAGUUAAUCUUAAUUCAUAAUUUUUUCUGGAAAUUGAGCAUGUGGAGGAAAAUCUAUUUGUUGUGUGUUUUCCACUUCACCAUUUAGCUAUUACCAGUGUGUUCAUUGCCAAAUAAUUUGGAACAAUUGGUUUUGGUGUAUUGCUGAAUCCUGUAUGCCCCCACUGGAGAGAGCUGCACGGUGCUUCCAGGGAGUUUUUCCAAUUUAGGUUGAUGGCUUUGAUUUUGAUAUUCUUAGAUCUUCCACAUGACAUUGUAUCUGAUGGCCAUGCAAUGGGGCUUGUAUCGGCUUGAUAUCAUUUGAUUUGUUGAGCUUAUGAUGCUGUUUAAUUUUUAGUUUUUUUAGUCCUUUAUAAGAGUCUGCUUAUUUCUCCAAUUGACUUGUAAUAUACGUAGUUCAAACAACUUGAAGGUGAUUUUGAAAACAUUCUGUAUAUAUGACAGAAACUUUGGUAUUCAUGUCAUUACCCAUAGCAAUGGUUAGAUGUUGAUAAUCUGCAUUAGUCAUUGAAUUUACCCUUUCCUUUAUUUUAUCUCAAUGUACUUGUGUGUCUGUAUCCCAAAAUAAGCAAAUUU